AUGAAUGAAACAAUUGACAAUUUCUUACUGUCAUCAGAUAAAGAAUACAAAAAUUGCGCCUUUUGCCCUAAGGUUCCUCAUACAAAGUGGGAUAUUUCAUAUUCAACAGACAGAGAUGUAAUGAUCUUUAUGUCAUUUGGCUAUAUCCACAAUAGAACAAUAGUUUUCCUACACAGUUUAAGAGAUCACGGAUGUAAAGCGAAAUUUGUGAUGUUUAGCGAUACAAAAGGAUAUAAACAGUUUCAGGAAUACGAUAAAGAAAUACAUUUUACAGAUUGUGGCGUUAUAUGCCUUGACAUGGGAGAAUUCAUUGCAAAACAGCCCGAUGGAAGGAUUAAUAGAUUUGAUUUAUACAAGAAAAAGCAAGAGCUUAUUGCUGAGUUGAUUAAUUUCUACGGAUCUCUCAUCGAUUGUGUUUUUGUUAUUGAUGUCUCUGAUUCUCUUGCAAUGGUUGAUCCUUUCUUAAUUAUUCCACCUGAUGGAAGAGCUCAUGUACUUUACGAGAACUGGCCAAUUCAAAAUGACCAAGAAACAUGGGACCAAUUUCUUAUUCUUAAUAAUAAUAGUCAUGAAUUUGAUAAACAUGAUAUUAUCACGGGAACUAUCAUUGUUGGUGAAAGAUACGAAGUUUUGAGGUUUGUUGACAUUGUAACAAUGAUUUACGACACUCAUCCACAGAGUUAUCGAAUUCUUGACCAAUCUCUUUAUACUUACGCAUUUUACUAUAAUUUACAUAAGAAGUAUAACCUAGAUCUCGGUGUUAUUGAGAAAUUCCACGGAUUAAUUUGUCCAAACACAGAAUUAAUCUUUGGAACAGAUAUGGAUACCCAGGUUUACUACAACACAACUAUAAGACCAAUAGUUAUACACCAUUCUCAAUGGAGAUGCGGUCCUUGCGAGAAUUAUUAUCAUUAUUGUAUGACAGGCAGCGUAUUUCCAUAA